CAUUGGCCCGCCUCUCCUCGAGGGGCGGGGCUUGUCGACAUAAUGUUAUGACAGAGGAAGUGGCUCGGCUGAACCUUGGAUCGUACCAACGUUAUUAAUUUGAAUUUGGCUUUCCUAAUUAGACACAGGAAAAGGGACAGCAAGACCGACACCAUGGUAACAGAGGGGGAGCCCACAGACUUGGUCAAAGUGCUACACCUUCUGGUGCUCUCUUUCUCCUGGGGCAUGCAGGUCUGGGUCUCCUUCAUAGCAGGUUUUGCGUUGGUGCGGCAGGUAACUCGGCAUACCUUUGGCCUGGUGCAGAGUAAACUCUUCCCUUUAUACUUCUACUGUCUGCUGGGUAGCAACUUUGUCAGCCUGGCUGUGUAUGCUGUGUACCACCCCAGAGAGCUGCUGGACUGGCAUGAAAGUGUGCAGAUGGGUCUGUUCUUUGUGGCGCUGAUCAUGGCAGGUCUGAACGCCCAGUGGUUUGGCCCAGCGGCCACUGAGGUGAUGUUCCAGAUGAGGGAGGUGGAGAAGGAGCAUGGCCUGGGGAACCAGAUCGGCCUGGGCAGCCAGAAAGAGGCUUAUGCUAAGCUCAAAGAGCAGGACCCCAAGUACAGAGGCUAUAAGAGUACGUUUGGCCGCUACCACGGGUUGUCCAGCCUCUGCAACCUGAUAGGGUUCAUCUGCACCACAACUAAUUUGAUCUACACAGCUCUGAAUUUAUCCAGCAUUUAGAGAAGAGCAUUUCAUAUGACAAUGUGUGAGUCGACAAGAUUAGUAUAUAUGCGCACAAAUCAAAGUGACAUCAUGUAAAUGUAAUUGCACAGAAUUUUCAUAACCACUGACGCAGCUGCAGCUGUCCGAAGCGUCCUUAUGAGUGAAGAUGCCUUUGUUGCCAUUGAGCGUCCAAUAAACUCACCAUUGCUGUUCACUUUUAUCAGGCUGUCAGCUAAGUCAAUCGGUAUCUAAUUAAUGCUGUCUCACAAAAUAGGAUGUGUUUUUUUUGUUUUGUACAUUUGUUUUUAAUAUUUGAUUACAUUCCUCAUGACCAUACCCCCUGUUAAGAACUGAACUUCCUUUAAAAACACACUUGGUAAAUUUAAUCACCAAACCUCAGUUGCUGUGUGAGCAAUUUACUUGCAUCCCCAGCAGGGGGCGGUGUUUGGACACAGGUGUGUUCAGGGAAAGUUUGUAGAGCCAUUGCUGAGCACAGGUAGCACACUGCAUUUCAUUUGUAAAAUAUUGUUUCCAGAUAUUAAAAUGGAAAUGUAUGUUGAAUUUGUCAACACUGUUGAAUUAACAUUUUGAUUGGGAGGUUAAAAAGCGUGCUGUGAAUAUUCUCACGUGCACCACUAUUAUUUCUUUAAAUUUGGUUCUACAAGUCUGUCUGUUUUAGUCUUAUGAUCUUUAUGCUCUAAAACUAAACACAUGUUUUAAUAGAUUGGUUUGGAAAGGAACUGUCCUUUAAUCCUUAAAGAUUCACACUGAUGAGUGAACCCAGACCCAACAUACAGUGCCUGGAUUUGGAAUACGAAGGUUGUAAUUUAAUUACCAGUGACGCACAUGGUUUUGAGAAGACCAGCUUUGAAUGCAGAGAACACCGCUUUGCUGGCCAGCUACAGGAUGACAGAGGCACUGUCCUUGUUCCAGCUACAAUAUCAGCACUAAUGGAUUAUAAUGGCGUCAUUUCAAUAUAAAAAGGGGGGGGGCUGAAAGUAAAUGAGGUUUUCUCAAAUGCAAUUCAUGUUGGCCUUUUUUAAGAUGUGCCUUCCGUCUGUGAUCAGAAAUUCUGUGAUCAUUUAAUGUUUUUGCUUUCUAGUCAAUAAAAAUACAGUAUGGAAUAAACAGAAUGAACUCUGAA